AGACGAGAGGAGGGUGCGCAGACUGGACGACCGGACUGUAUGGACUCUCCGGAGCGCGCACGUGCACGAGGCGUCCUGUCGUCGGGAUCUUGUUCUGUACCACACCUUGGUCGCGGUGCAGGUGGCUGUGAAGGUGGAGCUGUGGGAGGGCGGGGCGGGUUAUCUGUUUCUGGCGCCGGCGGGUCGGGAUCUUGCUCUUUGAAAUUUAGUGGUAAGAGCAGGACGAACGCCGGGGGCAGGACCGCGGGAGGGGAAUCCCAUCAUGAGCAUCUGGAAAGAGGGGGGAAGAGAGUAGGAAUGGGAGUAGGAAUAGGAGGAGUAGUAGUAGGAGGGAGGUCGAUCGUCGGAGAAUGGGGACUUUUUCAGUGUUGGCGGGGUUCCGUAUCGGCAACGGCGGCGGCGCUGAGGUCUACAGGAGGAGGAAGAGAGCAAGGAGGCGAGAGUGAGGAGGGAAGAGGAGGUGCCGAGUGCGCUGCUCGGCGGUCUUGGGAAGUCCCCAGCUCCCUCCAGAUGGGACGCGGGCAGUCUACGGAGCGCAAAGCAGAAGUUGCAAAGGCGGCAAAAGGGGCAAAAGGGGCAGGAGGAGGAGGAGGAGGAGGAGGUGUAGGAGCAGGAGGGAGGUGCUGUUCGAUGUGGCAAUUGACUGAGCGCGGCCGUCUGCGAGGUUCAUCUUCCCUGGCUAUGGACCAUGUAGGAGGGCCAGCAGCAGGAGGAGGCGGAGUAGGAGGAGGAGGAGGAGGAGGAGGAGGAGGAGGAGGAAGUGGAGUAGUUGGGGUAGGCAUUCAUGGUAGAGGAAUUCUGCCUGGGUUUCUGGCAGCUAUGGUGGUAUUUGCGGUUUUUCAGUACGCUGUGCUUCUGGUAUCUGAACAGCUGCUGAUUCAAGCGAACUCUCUUGGCCGUCGGUGCUAUCGCGGUUUGCCACGUCAGCCUCUCCUUCCUGUCGAUGCUGAGUUGUCAUCUGGUGCAGGCGAUCGACGACGAUUCGCAAUGGUCACGUGUUCUGAUGGAUCUAGCACUAUCCCAGAGCGGUCUUUCGAAGGUUUGGCGGAGAUGAUUGCGCCUAAUAAAGUGGGAUACGUGAAGAGACACGGGUACGAUUUCAUCGACGCAAGCGACGUACUCGAUCGGAGACGGCCACCCAGUUGGAGUAAAGUCCUCGCCGUCCGUAAACAUCUGCAGAACUACGAUUGGGUCUUUUGGACGGAUGCGGACUCGGUUGUGACGAAUCCGGAUGUGACACUGCAAGAAGUCGUUGACUCCAUCAUUGCAGGGCCAGAUUUGCAGAACGGGAUCUUGCCAGAUUUCAUUGUCACCGAAGAUUUCAACGGCGCUAAUGCUGGUAUGUUCUUCGUACGCAACUCCUCUUGGAGCAUGCAGUUCCUGGAUCAAUGGUGGAACAUGACGGAUUUCAUCCAGCCGUUCGGGCUUUGCAAGAGUGGUGACAACGAUGCACUGAAACAUCUAAUUGCAAACAUGGAUGAUGACGAGAGGCGCCGCCAUAUCCGGAUCCCGGAAAUGCAGUGUGCGUUCAACUCCUAUCUUUGGCGCCCCUCAUUACGGGCAACCGUGCGUCUGUGGCUGCAGCCAGGAGCAUCAUGGAGGGGUGGCUUUGCAAAGGGAGACUUCAUGGUGCACUUGGCCGGGCUUAAUAAUAAGAAGAAGUAUGUUUUACGUGUGCUGAAAGAGCUGGAUCAUAUAUGCGAAUACUCGAUGGAUGCUUUGGAGAUUGCCAAGGUUCAUUCACAGCUGCACCUGUGCAGCUCUGGUCAGGAUGUCGUGGGCCUCCAUGAACUCCAUUCCGGGCUUGUGAUGGCCAUCCUUUCAUGCACAGUGGGGCUGAAGUUCCGCCUGACAUAGAGGCAGACAGGCAGGCAGGCAGGCAGGCAUGCAGGCAAGGCAAGCAAGUGAUUUCUGGCAAUACAAAAGUAUAGUGCAAUUGCAAUGGACACCGAUGUUGUGUUCGAAUGUGGAUACGUGUGCUGUUGCUGACAGCUGCAUGGAAAGAGCUUGGGUGACAACCAAGGUACGUAGAGGAAGAAUAUCUCAGCAUCAGUCAGGUUUAUGUUUAUUUGGUGAGUUGUGAAGGCGUUUGGUAGCGUUCUUAGGCAUAUAUGGUAUCGUCUACGUCGUCCUGAACGUAGGUGUAAUGAUGGCACAGCUUUUUGCAUUUCAUGUCUGCUCAAUGAUGUGCCGCGUAUCUAUGUCCGCUCCUCGUGUUGUCACCGAGACGUGUUCCAAGGUCCGAUGCAUACAGAGAUGCGUGCGAAAGUUGGAGGCGUACGGAGAUGCGUUCCAGGUUCAAAUGCAUUUGGAUUCAUACAGGUUCUGCAGAAAUACUUUGUUUGGAUUUAUAAUCAAUCAAAUGUGGAUAG